CCACUUCGCCGACUUUCUCAGUUCCGCUUCCACCCCACCGAGCGAGGGACUUUUUUUUUCUUAAGUCUUCGACGCUAUUGGGACCCGGAAGCGGAAGGGGGUAUCGUGCGGUCGGUACUUCCGGGUCACAGAGAGUGCGGGAUUCCGGGCCGAGCGCGGGUGGCGGAGCUGGGACCUCGCGUGAUUCUCGGAGCCCGACGGGAAGCGGCGUCCGGGGCUAUGGCUGUGACUCUGGACAAAGACGCGUACUACCGGCGAGUUAAGAGACUGUACAGUAACUGGCGGAAAGGAGAAGAUGAAUAUGCCAGUAUUGAUGCCAUUGUUGUAUCUGUGGGUGUUGAUGAAGAAAUUGUGUAUGCCAAGUCAACUGCCUUACAGACAUGGCUCUUUGGUUAUGAACUAACUGAUACAAUCAUGGUCUUCUGUGAUGACAAAAUCAUCUUCAUGGCCAGCAAAAAAAAGGUGGAGUUUUUGAAACAGAUUGCCAAUACUAAAGGAAAUGAGAAUGCUAAUGGAGCCCCUGCCAUAACACUGCUCAUCAGAGAGAAGAACGAAAGUAAUAAAAGCAGCUUUGACAAAAUGAUUGAAGCCAUUAAAGAAAGCAAGAAUGGCAAGAAAAUUGGAGUGUUCAGCAAAGACAAGUUCCCUGGAGAGUUCAUGAAGAGCUGGAGUGACUGUCUCAACAAGGAGGGCUUUGACAAAGUAGACAUCAGUGCUGUUGUGGCGUACACCAUUGCUGUGAAGGAGGAUGGUGAGCUCACCUUGAUGAAGAAAGCAGCCAGCAUCACCUCUGAGGUCUUCAACAAGUUUUUCAAGGAAAGGGUCAUGGAAAUAGUGGAUGCAGAUGAGAAAGUUCGACAUAGCAAAUUGGCAGAGUCUGUGGAAAAGGCCAUCGAAGAGAAAAAAUACCUAGCCGGGGCAGACCCUUCUACUGUGGAAAUGUGUUACCCUCCUAUCAUUCAGAGUGGUGGCAACUAUAAUCUCAAAUUCAGUGUAGUGAGUGAUAAAAAUCAUAUGCAUUUUGGGGCCAUUACAUGCGCCAUGGGCAUUCGCUUCAAAUCUUACUGCUCCAACCUUGUUCGCACCCUGAUGGUUGACCCUACUCAGGAAGUUCAAGAAAACUACAACUUUUUACUCCAGCUUCAAGAGGAGUUGCUAAAGGAGUUAAGACAUGGUGUGAAGAUAUGUGAUGUGUAUAACUCUGUCAUGGAUGUGGUUAAGAAACAGAAGCCAGAACUGCUGAACAAAAUUACGAAAAACCUAGGAUUUGGGAUGGGAAUUGAAUUCCGUGAAGGCUCUCUAGUAAUCAAUAGUAAAAAUCAGUAUAAGCUAAAGAAAGGAAUGGUUUUCAGCAUCAACCUGGGAUUUUCAGACCUGACCAACAAAGAUGGGAAAAAACCAGAAGAGAAAACCUAUGCCCUGUUCAUUGGUGACACCGUGCUUGUAGAUGAGGAUGGCCCAGCCACUGUUCUUACUUCUGUAAAAAAGAAAGUAAAGAAUGUGGGGAUUUUCCUAAAGAAUGAGGAUGAUGAAGAGGAGGAGGAAGAGAAAGAUGAGGCAGAGGACCUUUUGGGAAGAGGCUCUAGGGCAGCGUUACUGACAGAAAGAACCCGGAAUGAAAUGACCGCAGAAGAGAAGCGGAGAGCACAUCAGAAGGAACUGGCAGCCCAGCUCAACGAGGAAGCCAAGAGGAGGCUGACGGAGCAGAAAGGGGAACAGCAGAUUCAGAAAGCUCGCAAAUCUAAUGUGUCCUACAAAAACCCAUCUCUGAUGCCUAAGGAACCACAUAUUCGGGAAAUGAAGAUCUACAUUGAUAAAAAAUAUGAGACUGUGAUAAUGCCCGUAUUUGGCAUUGCCACACCCUUCCAUAUUGCCACAAUCAAGAACAUAAGUAUGUCUGUGGAAGGAGAUUACACUUACUUGCGAAUCAACUUCUAUUGUCCAGGCAGUGCUCUGGGCAGGAAUGAGGGCAACAUCUUUCCUAACCCUGAAGCCACUUUUGUCAAGGAAAUUACAUACCGAGCUUCAAAUAUGAAAGCACCUGGAGAACAGACUGUACCAGCCUUAAAUCUUCAGAAUGCGUUUCGAAUUAUAAAAGAAGUACAAAAACGUUACAAGACCCGAGAAGCUGAAGAGAAAGAAAAAGAGGGAAUUGUGAAACAAGAUUCACUGGUGAUCAACCUAAACCGGAGUAACCCAAAACUGAAAGAUCUGUACAUUCGUCCAAACAUUGCUCAAAAGAGAAUGCAAGGCUCCCUGGAGGCUCACGUCAAUGGUUUCCGCUUCACGUCUGUUCGAGGAGACAAAGUGGAUAUUCUGUACAAUAAUAUUAAGCACGCUUUGUUCCAGCCCUGUGACGGGGAGAUGAUUAUUGUCUUGCACUUUCACCUCAAGAAUGCCAUUAUGUUUGGGAAGAAACGACACACAGAUGUACAGUUCUACACAGAAGUUGGAGAGAUCACUACGGAUUUGGGGAAACAUCAACACAUGCAUGACCGAGAUGACCUCUAUGCCGAGCAGAUGGAACGAGAAAUGAGACACAAACUGAAAACAGCCUUUAAGAAUUUCAUUGAAAAAGUAGAGGCUCUAACAAAGGAGGAGCUGGAGUUUGAAGUACCGUUUAGGGACCUGGGGUUUAACGGGGCUCCCUACAGGAGUACCUGUCUCCUUCAGCCCACUAGCAGUGCACUGGUAAAUGCUACAGAGUGGCCACCUUUUGUGGUGACAUUGGAUGAAGUAGAGCUGAUCCAUUUUGAGAGGGUCCAGUUUCACCUGAAGAAUUUUGAUAUGGUGAUUGUCUACAAGGAUUACAGCAAGAAAGUCACAAUGAUCAAUGCCAUUCCUGUCGCCUCUCUAGACCCCAUCAAGGAGUGGCUGAAUUCCUGUGACCUAAAGUACACAGAAGGAGUACAGUCCCUCAACUGGACUAAAAUCAUGAAGACCAUUGUUGAUGACCCUGAGGGCUUCUUCGAACAAGGUGGCUGGUCUUUCCUGGAACCUGAGGGUGAGGGAAGUGAUGCUGAGGAAGGAGACUCUGAGUCUGAGAUUGAGGAUGAGACUUUUAAUCCUUCUGAGGAUGACUAUGAAGAGGAAGAAGAGGACAGUGAUGAAGAUUACUCAUCAGAAGCAGAAGAAUCAGACUAUUCCAAGGAAUCUCUGGGCAGUGAAGAAGAAAGUGGGAAGGACUGGGAUGAGCUAGAAGAAGAAGCUCGAAAAGCGGACCGUGAAAGCCGUUAUGAGGAAGAGGAAGAACAGAGUCGAAGUAUGAGCCGGAAGAGGAAGGCAUCUGUACAUAGUUCAGGCCGUGGCUCAAACCGUGGUUCCAGACACAGCUCUGCACCCCCCAAGAAAAAGAGAAAGUAAUAUGAACCUUGGUCCUAUGCUCCAUUCUCUCUGCAGACAACUCCUAAAAAUCCGACAUGACUUAGAAACUGUUUCUCCUUUUGAUUUUGUUGACGUUUUGCCGUAUGUGUUUAUGGGUUUAGGGGCCAUUUGUGUGGACCAAGCUACUCGGGGAAUUCCAGGCCCACCAGGACACGUGCCAGUGGCCCCGUUCAGAUGGCUGGCAAGGGAGGCGAUGUGGAAGGGCAGGAGGCUCCUCCCACUCUUGAUACCGUUUGUUUUCUUCUGACAACCUAUCUUUGCUGUUUCAAAGCUGAAUUACCAAGACAGUGGUAUAAGCUGACCACUAACUAUUUCUACUAUGGUUCUUUUUCCUUUGCAUUUUUAUUUUUCAUGGCUUUUUGAGACAGUCUCGCUAUGUAGCCAUGGCUAACCUUGAAGUCUCAGUAAACCAGGCUGGCCUCAGACUUGUAAUCCUCUGGCUCUGCCUCCCAAGUGCUGGGUGGGACUCCAGCCCCGAGCCACCAUACUUAGCUGAAGCAUGGUUCUGGCCCCGCAGGUUCAGUCCUCCUUCCGUCCCUUAAGCUCCAGAUCUGAAGUUCUCAAGAAAGGCUCUUGGCCUUUGCUAGCGACCGUGGUGUACGCACGGCUGAGCUAAAGGCCGAGUGGCUGACGGCUCGACUUAAGUCCCUGGUUUCUUGCCUCGUGCACAUUUGGGGCGUUUCUGCUGCCUCGGAAGACGUAAGCACUGGCACUCACUCCAUGGCUGGGUUUUUCUCCUUUCGAGUCCACUUGUGGUACAGUGCUAGAAGGCAGAGUCACCACUGUCUCUUCUGAGACAUCUAAGGAAGAAUGGCCAUGCCGUGUACUCUGCAGGUGAAAUCUAGAGGGAGGCUCACAGGACUCUACACAGAUCUGAAAGAGAGUAAGGCAUGUUGGCCUGACGUGUCUUGACAAGAAGAGAAGCUGGAAGGAGGCACGCCCACAAGGCUGGACUCUGCUGCUCCUGCCUUUACUUUCUCUGCGGCACCCUGUGUUGGUCACUUCUGAUGACCAGCUGAAGUACUGGGGACAUUCUCUUGCUGCCCUCCCUGCAGGCUCUGCAUCCACCUGUCCCACUUCGCCUCCUCUACUGUGACUAAGAGAAGGGGCUUCUCAGAUUUUAUGUUUGUUUGUUUGUUUUCUCUCCUUAGCAGUAGGACUUGAUAUUUUGAAUUUUGGAAGAACUAAAAGAUAAAUAAACUGGGAUUUUUUUGUUUUGUUUUUUGUAAA